UGCUUCUGGAUUAAAAAAAUAAAAACUUUUCCCAAAAUAAAAACAGUUGCUUUGAAAGAUAACAAAGCCCAUCCAGUUCACAAGCUAAUGUAUUGCAAUAUUUUUGUUGCAACAAAAUCAGUUCACUAAAUCUACGCACAUAACAAUUUUGUUAUUUCAAAUCUUAGGUAAAAAAUGAAGAAAACAUGUGAUAUCAAUAAUGUUACAUGCAUUGCGUAGCCGAGAAACAGGUUUGAACUGGAAAUUCAACUUGUAUGUGAAGUCUACAUUAGGAAGGAAUCUUGUACUCAGCAAUAAUUCAUUUCAAUUUAAUGCAGACGUAAGCAGUGUAAACUGUAUUGAUUGUGAAAACGCAGAGAAUCGAUAUGUGUUAGCAGGCUAUGGAAAUGGAAGUAUUUCAAUAUUUGACACAUGCAUUCCAUCAAAUACACAUGUUUUUCCUGCAGUGGGUUCCAUCAACAGAUUGUACGAACUUUGCCAUCGAUAUAGUGUUGAAGGAGUUCAGUGGUAUCCCCAUGACACUGGUUUGUUCUUUAGCCUAUCAGCUGACAGGACUUUGAAAAUAUGGGAUACAAAUGAACUACAGAUGGCUGAACAGUUUCAGUUUUCUGAUACUAUUCAUUCCUUCCAUGUAUCUGAAAAAGCCAAAAAGCAUUCCCUUGUUGCAGUGGCAUGCGAGGACAGCAAAAUAUAUCUCUGUGAUGUAAAGACUGGGUCAAAAACACAUUUUUUAAAAGGUCACAAGGGGGCAGUUUUAACUACAAGAUGGUCCCCAAGAAAUGAAAACAUUUUAGUUUCAGGAAGUUCAGAUAAACACAUAUACAUUUGGGAUGUUCGGAAAGUAAAAUCGGUCUUAAUGUCAUUGGAAUUAAACGAUGGAUCGGGAGCACACAGAGGUCAAGUGAACGGAAUGAAAUUCACCAGUGAUGGAGUAUCUCUACUCUCCUUCGGGACGGAUCAUCAAUUAAGAUUAUGGGAUGUAAACAGUGGAAAUGUAACAAAGGUGAACUAUGGCAGAAUUGAAAACAACCGUUCCAAAAAUAUUCAUUUCGAUGUUUCGAAAGGCGUUGUAAACGACUUAGUAUUUAUUCCAACAAUGUACCACUUAGACGUGUUCCAAAUUUACACUGGGAAAUAUAUCCAAAGUUUGUCCGGACAUUUCAUGCCAGUCAACUCUUGUUGUUAUAAUAAAAGUUACCAGGUAACGCAAAGCGGUUGUGUUAAAAAUAACUUCGUGGUGGUGUGUUAUUCGUUGCAUGAUGUCAUCUUUUUGAGCACUUGUGUGGCUUUUUUUGUAGGUCGCGGUACCAAUGCAAUGAAUUAGGUCCUUUGAACUUAACCUUGUUUGCUUAUAAAAAAAAGCGUAUUUAUGGGCUAAUUAAACACAAUAUUUUUGAAGCUGAGAGAUAAGUCAAAAUUGUAAGAAACCUCUUUAGAUAUUUUCUAAUCUUUUCGCUUGCUGUCUUUAAUAAAAAACUACAGGAAAAUAGGUGUCAUCAAAAGAGAUUUAGCCGAUGUUCGUAUACUAAAAAAAAGUAUUUUCCUGGGUUUAACUGUCGAACGGUUUAGCAAUAAACUUGUCAUUUACAUGAAGCGAGAAGAAAAUAACGUGUGUGGCCAAGUACUGAUUUUCUUUUUAGUUAAGUCCCGAAAAUUAAUUUCAUCUUAACGAAAAUGCUCAAAGUAACCGCCGCUCUGUGACCAGUCCAAGUCCAACUCGUUAACAAGUCGAACCUUCUAACUUAUCCUUUGUACUGCGCUUUUGUGGUGGAUAGUAAGAGAGCAUUAGUGGUUCACAAAUAAGUGCUGAGUAAUGUAAUGCACGCUACUGACGCCUCUCUUGUGCUCGCCGAUGAUUAUGUUGAUACCUUACAGGAAGAAAAAUACUAUUUUUUAUUCUUUCUUUUUUGAAUCCCUUUGCGUGAUAAAUCCUGGAGAGUUCUUAUGAUCAUGUGAAAAAGAAUUGUUUUUCACUAGCACAAUCCAGUGCAGGUUUUAUAGGAUUAAAAUUUUGAACUCAACUUUUUUAACUGCAUACAACACAAAGGCAAUCUAAUUGAUUGCUCUUAGGAAGUAUUGGUGCAGGGCAAGUUUCCUCUGGAUCUUUCCAGUCUCUUCUUGAUUUUUCAUUUGUUUGUUUGUUUGUUUGUUUGUUGGUUUGUUUCGCAUGUUUUGUGUGUUUGUUUGUUUUUGUUGUCUAUGUCUGUACUUACAUUUAACUGGGAUAUGUAAUAAAACAAAAUUUUAUUCGAAAUAUUAAUGGUGUUUCUCCUUCAUAAUUAAGACGAGCGUCUUUACCCGGAGAAACGCACUGUAGUUGACAA